GAAUGGGAAGUUGGGAUCCAGAGAAAGGGAGUAAAGGUAAGAAGAAGAAAACUGAUAGCAGUUACGAAUGUGAAAAGCCAUGGAUUCCAUGGCUUCUUCCGACGAUUGUGUUGGCUAAUAUUAUUAUAUUUGUUUUGAUGAUGUAUACCAAUAAUUGUCCUAAGAACAAUAAGAGAUCCAAAGGAAAGUGUGUGGCUAGGUAUCUUGGCAGGUUUUCUUUUCAGCCUUCCAAAGAAAAUCCUCUCUUUGGUCCUUCGUCUAAUACAAUGGAUAAGUGGGGAGCACUACAUUGGAGCAAGGUAGUACAUGGCAAACAAGGAUGGAGGUUCAUCACUUGCCUCUGGCUGCAUGGAGGUCUUAUUCAUCUGUUUGCAAACGUGUUGAGCUUUUUCUUUAUUGGAAUACGCCAUGAACAGCAAUUUGGAUAUGUGCGUGUUGGGGUUAUCUAUCUAUUAUCCGGUUUUGGUGGGAGCAUACUGUCUUCCUUGUUCAUGCAACAUACUACAACUGUGGGUGCCUCUGGUGCUUUAUUUGGCCUUAUUGGGGCAAUUUGUUCAGAGUUUCUAACUAACUGGACCAUCUACACCUACAAGGUUACGGCUGUGAUCACAUUCAUAGCCAUCAUUGUCCUUAACUUAGCAGUAGGGGUUCUUCCUCAUAUUGACAACUUUGCAAAUAUAGGAGGCUUCUUCACUGGCUUUCUACUCGGAUUCGUUUUGCUGUUCCGUCCCCAAUCCGGGUGGAUAAAACCCCAGCAUCGUCCUGCUGGUGCUGCUGUAAUACCAAAGCACAAGCCAUACCAAUACGUUUUUUGUGUCAUUGCUGUGCUUUUACUCAUUGUUGGUUUCGGGAUGGGUUUAUUCCUGGUGUUUAAAGGAGAGAAUGGAAACAAGCAUUGCAGCUGGUGCCAUCACCUGACCUGUGCGCCUACAUCAAAAUGGCCUUGUGGAUACUAA